UUGCCAGUGCUCCGUGAAAUAAACUAACCCAUAUGCGUCAAAAACAAAAAUAAUCGGAGCGUUUCAGAACGGGGUAGUUUGCAGUUUAUUUAUAAAAUAAUGUGGGAUUCUUCGAUGUUCUUGAGUACCUUAACGCCAAAAUUUUACGUGGCGCUUACUGGGACUUCGUCGUUGAUCUCCGGUCUGAUACUUAUAUUUGAGUGGUGGUAUUUCAGAAAGUAUGGUACCUCUUUUAUCGAACAAGUGUCUAUAAAUCACAUAAGCCCGUGGAUAAGCGGUGACUAUAGAGACGAUAAUGGGAAUAACCAGCAACCAGUACAACCUCCAAUUCCUGAAUGUAAAGUAUGGAGGAACCCUCUUAAUCUCUAUCGUGGUGCUGAAUAUCAGAGGUUCUAUUGGGCGACAAACAAAGAACCUCUGACAUAUUAUGAUAUGAAUUUGUCUGCCCAAGAUCAUCAAACUUUUUUUACAUGCGAAGCAGAUAUCGGGAAAGCAGAGUAUGAAAUAAUGCAGACGGCAUGGAGAGAAAGGAAUCCACAAAUAAGGCUCAAAGCAGCACAUAGUGCUGUAGAGAAAAAUCCCGAAUGUGCCACAGCUUAUAUAUUAUUGGCAGAAGAGGAAGCAACAACCAUAACUGAAGCAGAAAAAAUUUUCAAACAAGCAUUGAAAGUUGCUGAAUUGAAUUACAAGAGAUCUCAAACUUUACAGCAUCAAGGGGCUAUGAUGGAGGCACAACACCGUAGGGAUACCAAUGUUCUCAUUUAUAUAAAAAGACGGUUAGCAAUGUGUGCCCGAAAAUUAGGAAAAUUGAAGGAGGCUGUCAAAAUGUUUAGAGAUUUAACUAAGGAGGUGCCCCCAAUCAUGAAUGUAUUAAAUAUUCAUGAGAAUCUCAUUGAAGCACUGCUUGAAAUGCAAGCUUAUGCUGAUGUGCAAGCAGUUCUAGCUAAGUAUGAUGACAUAUCACUCCCUAAGUCUGCUACCAUAUGCUAUACUGCCGCUCUACUAAAAGCAAGAACAGUUGCUGAUAAGUUUUCCCCAGAUAUAGCUAGCAAACGAGGUCUGAAUAGCGCGGAAUUAGCGGCAGUAGAAGCAAUUCAUAGAGCUGUGGAGUUCAAUCCUCAUGUUCCUAAAUAUUUAUUAGAAAUGAAACCUUUAAUUUUGCCUCCAGAACAUGUUUUAAAGAGAGGUGAUUCUGAAGCAUUGGCUUACACAUUCUUCCAUUUGGCACAUUGGAAAGCUGUAGAUGGGGCUCUGAAUUUACUACAUUGCACAUGGGAAGGUACCUUUAGAAUGUUACCCUAUCCCUUGGAAAGAGGCCAUUUGUUUUACCCUUACCCAACAUGCACAGAAUGUGCUGAUAGGGAACUGUUACCCCCAUUUCAUGAGGUUUCUGUCUACCCUAAAAAAGAAUUGCCAUUUUUUAUAAUUUUCACUGCAGGUUUGUGUUCAUUCACUGCUUUGUUAGCUCUCUUGACCCAUCAGUAUCCAGACGUGAUGGGUAUUCUUGCCAAGUCAGUUGUAAAUUGGAUAUCUUUGCCUAUUUAUUACGUAUACGAAAAAAUUGAAAGCGUCAUGCCCUCGAAUCUUUUGCAGCAGUUAAUUCGGAUUUGAAAGUUAAU